CAAAGUCAGCUAGAACGCCAGCGUCCAAACGGCUUCACCUGACACCUGGGGUAUGUAGGAGGCGCUGCUGCUGCUGCUGCCUCCUCUCCAGAUUGAAUUAUUAAUCGGGAACUUCACCUCGCUGCUCAGCCUCGCUCCCUUCCCACCUGCAGAGGGUGGGCUGACGGAAAGACGAUCAUAAUGUCGCCCCCAGGGAAGAACUGGAAGUCCAUGGCUAAAGGCCUCGUUCUGGGGACUCUACUCACCAGCUUCAUGCUGGUUCUCUAUUCGUACAGUGUCCCACCCUUGCAAGUCGGCAUGACCGAGAUUCCCAUACCUUAUUCAUGCUCGUCCUACCGCAGCCAGGCCCGACUCUCUGCUUCGGGGAACAGCAGCCAGGGCUCCCCAAGAGAAAAAUGCCUCCCCAGACUAAACAUCAUGUUCCUGAAGACCCACAAAACAGCCAGUAGCACCCUCGCGAAUAUCCUCUUCCGCUUUGGGGAGAAGCACCGUCUCAAGUUCGCCUUCCCCAACGGGCGCAGUGAUUUCUACUACCCGUCCUUCUUCGACCGCAGCCAGGUGAAGGACUACCAGCCCGGCGUGUGCUUCAACAUCAUUUGCAACCACAUGCGCUUCCAGUACGAGGAAGUGCGCAAGCUGCUGCCGGCUGAUGCCCUCUUUGUGACGGUGCUGCGGGACCCGGCCUAUCUCUUCGAGUCUUCUUUCCAUUACUAUGGGGCCCUCAUUCCUUUGACCUGGAAGGUGUUGGGAGACGAUAAGCUGUCCGAAUUUCUCAGGGACCCUUGGCAUUACUACGACCCUAAAAGCUUCAACGCACACUACCUCCAGAACCUCCUUUUCUUUGAUUUGGGCUACAACAGCAACACAGACCCCAACAGCCCCCUGGUUGAAGAGUACAUCCGCGAGAUCGACGGGCGUUUCCAUCUGGUCAUGCUUCUGGAGUACUUUGACGAAUCUCUGGUGCUCCUGAAGGACCUGUUAUGUUGGGAGCUGGAAGACAUCCUCUACUUCAAGCUGAAUGCCCGCAAGGGCUCCACCGUCUCAAAACUGACCGACGAGCUCUACCAAAAAGCCACGGUUUGGAACCUCCUGGAUGCCAAGCUCUACCAGUACUUCAACACCACGUUCUGGCACAAAGUGGAAGCCUACGGGAUGGCCAGGAUGGCGAAGGACGUCGCCAGGCUCAACGAAGAGAACGAGAAGAUGAAGAGCAUAUGUAUCGACGGGGGCCAGCCCGUGGACGCCAACGCGAUCCAGGAAUCCGCCAUGCAGCCCUGGCAACCUUUGGGCGAGGAGUCCAUCCUGGGCUACAAUUUGAAAAAGAGGAUCCACAAAAAGCACCAGAAAAUUUGCCGCAAAAUGCUGACCCCCGAGAUCCAAUACCUGACGGACCUCGGGGUCAACCUGUGGAUCACCAAGCUAUGGAGGUGGGUGAUGAAUUUUUUUGCAGCGGUAAGAGGGUGAGGAGGCCCCUCGCCAUGUGCUAAGCACCUCUUCCCUCCGCUCUUUUGGUUCCUUCCCUUUCUACUCUCUUCUUCUACUGGUUGGUCAGGCAUAUGCUGAACUCACCUUGUGGCCACCGACUGAACGGGAAAAUUAUCUCUAGAAUAAAAUGUUCCCGAAGGUGAUUUUUUUUUUUAAAAAAAGGGAAAAGUUGACCAAGGCUUGUAACCAAAGUAGGGAGAGAAGGUGCUGUACCUAUGACUCAAUUUUUGGCUGGACUUUCGGGCAAGAAGAAAGUCAAACUGAAGCAGAAGGCUCAGUCUGCAUUCUCAGCUCUCGGAAGUUGUUCCGCUGUUUUUAUCCUCCCGAUGAGCACGGUGAAAACCAGACCAAGAAGCUUCCAACCAGUUGCAGUAUUUGGCCAUUCGGAAUCUCAGUUCCCUUCUCAGAGUCCACAAUCGUCACGAGUACAAUAUGAGUGCGAGGAGAUAACGUGCUAGUACAUUGUUUCUUUUCUUUGUGAGGAGGAGGACUGGAUGCCCAUUUCCUAGAAGCAAAUCGAACAGGUAGCUUGCCCUGAACGAUGGGAAAGAGAGAGAAGGUGCCUUGGUGGAGCAGUACAAUUUUUCGUGUACGUUGAGCAGAUCUGCCCCAAAAACACUGUUGUAACCUCCGAGUAUUGUAAUUUUCUGCUGAAAUUUUGGAGCACCAAAUCCUAGUUUUCAGGAAACUUUGCAGAGAGAGAAGCCAAGGGCUCAAUUUGGCAUCGCUGUUACAGUUUUACAGUGCCAGCAUCCCUGUGUGAAACUUAUGUAUUUGCAGUGAGCUACACGUGCUAUGAAUGUGUAUUUCUGUAACAGGUGCGUACAUAAAUUCCCCCGUUGA